CGUGAUACAGCGUGUGUAAUGUAGAGAUAUUACGCAUUUGACGUCAAGCGUAAUGUUCAAGAAUAACUACCAGGGAGGAGCUGUGGUGGAAAUAUUCUGCGCUCAGGGCAAAGAUCCUGUGGCCAAAUGGAAACUCAGCGGUGGAGCCAUACACAAAGAGUAUAAUAAAGAAAUCAAAGGAUUUGUUUACUGUCUGGAGGGUAGCAGCCAGACAGUCAAAAUGCAAAUGCCAAAGAAUGGGAAAAUGCCUUUGGGACUGCUUCAAAGAUUCCUGGUUUUUCAAGUCAAUGUUCCACCCGGCAGAGAUUUUUCCAUUGAACUCAUGGUAACUGCUACAGAUCACUUAAAACGGCGACUAUAUUUCUCCCCUGUGCACAAAGAGCUCUCCACUACUCUCUGGCAUGCUAAGAUUCCACUUAUUGGCCUAAACUACCACAUCUGGUCGACCUUGUGCAUUGACCUUGUUUCAUUCACAAGCAAACUGUUCAAAGAUGUAGCGUUUGCGACUUUGGACAGAAUAACAGUAUUUGCAAACUGUAGCAUCCGGAGAAUCUUUACAAUGAAAGCAGAGCCUGAGGCAGGGGAUGAGAUGUUCCUAAGUGGAGGAGGUUUGAUGGAGUGGAUUCCCCGAAGUUGUCAUUUCCCACAGGACAUAAAACACAUCGCACAAGUCUUGAACAUAGAAAAUAUGAAGAAAACAGAUGUUAGAACUGGGCCUGUCGCUUCCAAUAGUGCUGUCCAAGUCCGAGUUAAGUGACCCAGCAGAGUCAACCGAGGAGAGCGGGAACUAAACAGAAA